AUGCCCCGUGAGUCUGAUGAAUUUUCCCCUGAGAUGCAUGUGCCCGCAGAGAGAGAGGCUGUCGAGGCUCGGAUCUCAAGUCCUUCAAGGAAAGAAGAUGGCGAAGAUGACAAAGGUGAAGAAGAUGAAAAAGAACCCCGAGCAGGGUUGAGCGUUGAGCGAAAGUUGUCACAAAAGUUACGAGAGUCCAGUGGGGGCAGAUGCAGCGAGAUCAAUCAGGAGCGAUUGAUGACUCGACUCGCCAAUCGCUUGGCAGCGAUGGCACUGACUGAUGAGAAGUAUCUUCGAGCAACACCGGCAAGCCGGGUCAUAGAGCGUGCCGGCCGUGCACUGAGACCGGGCACUCAUGUUUGCUUUGAGCACAGCCGACAGGUGAAAGAGAUCAGCAAAUUCCUCUCUCAUAGUUGGCAGUCGUCACCAUUGUGGAAGUUAGUGACCUUGCAGAUGUUCUACAACUGGAAAGUUGCUGCGCUGGCCAGCAACCUGCUUGCGCUUCUGGCGAUGAUCAUGUCUUCCUAUGGCUUUUUGCCGCCCAUGUAUGAGAGAACGCCGCGAUUUGGAGAACCAAUGAUGGCAGGAGUGUGGGCAACAUCUAUAGGGAUGUUGAGCUUUGUGUUGGUUUGGGCCUUUCGACCUCCAAGAGACAUGAUUUUCUUGGAUCGAAUCUGCAUCAACCAGGCAGAUGCUAAACAAAGGGGCGAAGGGCUGGUGAAUCUGGGAGCCUGCCUAAGGUGCUCCAAGAAUUUGUUGGUGAUUUGGGACGAGACGUACUGCCGGAGGCUUUGGUGUUUGUUUGAAAUCGCUGCGUACUUGAAGACGCACGAGGACAGCACCCUGCUGGUCCAACCAUUAAUCCUCACACAAUUUGUUGUCAGCCUCUUCGUCCUGAACUUCGUGCUGUGGGGCUUGAAUAUGGUGAUGGUGUAUGACAGUGUCUUCACAAUUCCUCUCUAUGUUCUCGGAACAAGCGCUUAUGGCUGGCUGAUCGCGCGCAAUGUGCUCCAAUACUCCAAGAGCUUUGAUUCAAUCAACAGUCAGUUGCAGAACAUUGAAUUUGAGAAGGCCGAGUGCUACUGCUGCUCCGUGGAUCACACGGGCCCACAAGGCCAAAGCUUUCCGUGUGACCGCUUUUGCAUUCGCAGAUGUGUGCAGCUUUGGUUUGGCUCUGUCGAGGAGUUUGAGAAGUCAGUUCAGACUCGGGUCAAGGAUGUCUUGAGCCGUCAGUUUAGCGACCGAAUCUGUCCUUACCCCUUGCUGAUCAUAACCAUGCUGCCGUUUCUGUGGAUACAGUUGGACUACGCAGCAGAUUGGUUUGCGCAGGGAGACAAUUCUGCAGGUGUGGCUACGAUGAUUUUCGGUGUGGUCCUUCCGGUGGUAAAUCAUCCCAUAUUGAUUGCGCCAGUUCUUCGUGUUGUGCGGAGCUUGCCUCAAUCCUGUCCGCACAUUCUUCAACAGAUUCUGGGAAGUGCUGUGUUCGUGGUCAUUAGCCUCACGACACAGGCUGCAUAUCAGCUUUCCAUUGACUCUUUUGGACUUCUUCUUGGCAUUCUGAUCUUUUGUGUAUCCUUGUUAAUUCCGAACGCACUACUUUGGAGGUGUGCCAUGAGACUCUAUUGA